AGGGUUGCUGCGUAGAGUCACAGGGCGGGCGGCGAGGAGAGCGGCGGCAGGUUUGUGGCUGCGUGAGAGAGAGGGGGGGGGAAUCCAGGAGGGAGUCGUCUCGCGGCACUAACCGCCGUCCGUUCAGCUCGAGCCGGGUCUGCGUCGAACUCCGCGGAGCUCUUCGAACCUCCAUCUCAUAACCGGCAACUGCGUGGAGAGGGCCCGGGGCUGAGGAAAGAAGGGGUAAUGCGUUUCCCGCUGGAGGCCAUCGCCACUGCCGCCGGAGCUGUUGCCGCCUCCACAGCCGCAGCUGCCGCCUCCACCGGGUCCUAGAGCCGCUGCUGCUGCAGCCUACGGCCCCGGCCUCCUGCUCCCCUUGGCUUCCCUGCUCCUUCUUUUGUAUAAUCCCCCCUGAGGGUGUUUCCCCUCAGUGGCGGGACUCCGGCUCGGCAUGAGCCGCGACGCCAAUUUCAUUUAUCCCUGAGGAGCCGGCAGCUCUUUCCUCCGACUUCUCUCCCCACACCCUCCGCCUCUACGUCCAGCGGCCUCCGCCACCAGGAGAAUUUGUGAGGGGAGUAACGGGGCGCCCCUCGGAAGAUGGGAGUGAACGCGGUGCACUGGUUCCGCAAGGGGCUCCGGCUCCACGACAACCCGGCGCUGAGGGAAGUCAUCCAAGGCGCCGACACGGUGCGCUGCGUCUACAUCCUGGACCCCUGGUUCGCGGGCUCCUCCAACGUGGGGAUCAACCGGUGGAGGUUUUUGCUUCAGUGUCUUGAAGAUUUGGAUGCCAACUUACGAAAGUUAAAUUCUCGUUUAUUUGUGAUUCGAGGGCAACCUGCAGAUGUGUUUCCCAGGCUCUUUAAGGAGUGGAACAUUACAAAACUUUCUAUUGAGUAUGACUCUGAGCCAUUUGGGAAGGAGAGAGAUGCAGCAAUCAAGAAGUUGGCUAGUGAAGCAGGAGUGGAAGUCAUUGUACGAAUUUCACAUACUUUAUAUGACCUAGAUAAGAUUAUAGAAUUAAAUGGAGGACAGCCACCCCUUACCUAUAAGAGAUUCCAGACACUAAUAAGUCGAAUGGAGCCAUUGGAGAUGCCUGUAGAAACUAUUACUGUGGAAGUAAUGUCAAAGUGUACCACUCCAGUUUCUGAUGACCAUGAUGAAAAAUACGGUGUUCCAUCUUUGGACGAACUAGGUUUUGAUACGGAUGGAUUGCCUUCUGCUGUUUGGCCAGGUGGAGAAACAGAAGCUCUUACAAGAUUGGAAAGACAUUUGGAAAGAAAGGCUUGGGUAGCGAACUUUGAACGACCACGAAUGAAUGCAAAUUCUCUUCUUGCAAGUCCCACGGGACUUAGUCCUUACCUAAGAUUUGGCUGUUUGUCCUGCCGCCUGUUUUACUUCAAGUUAACAGACUUAUACAAAAAGGUAAAAAAGAACAGCUCUCCUCCUCUUUCCCUCUAUGGCCAGUUGUUGUGGCGUGAAUUCUUCUACACAGCAGCCACUAAUAAUCCACGCUUUGAUAAAAUGGAAGGCAAUCCCAUAUGUGUGCAGAUUCCAUGGGACAGGAAUCCUGAGGCUUUGGCAAAAUGGGCAGAGGGCAGGACAGGAUUCCCAUGGAUUGAUGCUAUUAUGACCCAGCUACGUCAGGAAGGCUGGAUCCACCACUUGGCCAGGCAUGCUGUAGCAUGCUUCUUGACUCGAGGCGAUCUGUGGAUUAGUUGGGAAGAAGGGAUGAAGGUAUUUGAAGAAUUGCUCCUGGAUGCUGACUGGAGUGUGAAUGCAGGCAGUUGGAUGUGGCUGUCCUGUAGCUCCUUCUUCCAGCAAUUUUUCCAUUGCUAUUGCCCUGUGGGCUUUGGCAGAAGAACUGACCCUAAUGGGGACUAUAUCAGACGCUAUCUGCCUGUACUCAGGGGGUUUCCUGCAAAGUACAUCUAUGAUCCUUGGAAUGCCCCCGAGGGUGUCCAGAAGGUUGCAAAAUGUGUAAUAGGAGUGAAUUACCCUAAACCAAUGGUAAAUCAUGCUGAGGCAAGUCGUUUGAACAUUGAAAGGAUGAAACAAAUCUACCAGCAACUAUCACGAUACAGAGGAUUAGGUCUGCUUGCAUCAGUGCCUUCAAAUGGAAAUGGGAAUGGAAAUAGUGGCCUAAUGGGAUAUUCACCAGGGGAAACCCUUCAUGCCAGUGGAUCUCAAAUGGGAACAAAUGAAGCCCAUACAGGAAGUGUUCAAACAUGUACCUUAGGAGAAUCUCAUACAGGAACUAGUGGAAUUCAGCAGCAAGGUUACCCUCAAGGGAGUGGUAUUUUGCAUUACGCUCAUGGGGAAGGCCAGAAAACACACUUAAUUCAGCAAGGAAGAGCAUCUCUUGUUGCUGGAGUGUGCACUGGGAAACGUCCAAAUCCAGAAGAGGAAACUCAGAGCAUUGGUCCCAAAGUCCAGCGACAAAGCAGUAAUUAAUUGGGUAAAAAAUAAGAACUCUGAAGGAAGUUAUUAAUGAUAGAAAACCACAUGCUGAUGUCAGAAGGAAAAACUAAACAUGCCUCCUGAAUGGUUAAGAACAUAGCUUCCAUUAGAGGAGUGGACCAAAUAUCAUUGAACCUAACAUCCUGUGUGGCAGUGGCCAAGAGUCCUGACAUUCAGUUUAUGCUUUUAGCAGUUGCAUGGGAAUACCAUAUGACUUGUAUUGCCAGUUCUGCUCCUUUACCUUAACUUGCCCCCAACCCUUAAAACUGUGCAUUAGCUUUGCCUAUUUUUUGAGCUUGCUGAGUGAUGAUAACCAUCCACUUCAGUCAUCAGGUAUUUGUGUAACUUUCUUUGAGCGGGGAAGAGGGAAGGAUUUUGUUUUAUUUGACUCCACUCAUUCUUAUGAUCUUAUGCAUAGUUUUUAUACUGAGAAAGUGGAAGUUUCCUUUCAUUUAUUACCGUUGCAUUAUACAGUUGUCCUUCCUGCAACUUGUUUUUUUCCUCCCUAAGCUGCAGCAGGUCUAAGAUACUGUCCUGUUGGCAGCUUCGAAUCUGCACCCCUACAAAUAUUCAUGUUCUGCUCUCCCCCUUUAGAGAUAAUAUCUAAAUGCAUACCCAGUGUAAACACUGCACAUAGAUUUAUCUAGGUUGGCUGCAAUAUUUUUCUGUAGUUCUUGCACGUCUUUAUGUUGGUGCAAAUGUGCAUCAGUAGGCCUAUGAAGUGUGCAUUUAGAAUAAGUAGCCAUGCCUGCUCUGAAGCAUAUUUUGUACUGAAGCAGUUACUCUGUUCUAGCCUGUUUAGAAUAGCUGGGGCCAUGUGUUUUCUUCUGCUGCUGUGGAGCAGGAUUUGGAGCAGUUAACAGAAAAUUUUUCUGCACAACAAAUUACUUAAACAUCCACAUAGUUGGGAAAUCUCACCUAUCUUGCUAUGAUGACCAUAAAAAUAACCCUCAAUAUUCAUAUAACUGCUGAGUAUUAUCAGCUGACAUAGAAGGGUAGAACAGUUUAUUUUGCUGUAUUUUUCUCUGUAUGCCUGAAAUAUUUAUUGUAAGUAUGAAGAAUUGCUCCAGCAAUUAUGUUUUGAUGUGUCACCUCAUUUCUGAGUUCUGUUUAAAAUAUUGUGGCAUUGUGAUCUGAAAUAUGCCAUAUUGGUAUUAUGGAUAAACAUAUUGUCAGACUUUACUUAACAUUGUGCUUCCAUCAAAUUCAAUCCAUUUUGCCACUCUACACACUCCUUUGUCUCAAUCAGCAGCUUCUUGACUAAUUUACAAGAUAUAAAAACAGCCAUCUAUUUGCUCAGCACUAUUUAUAUUCUGUUCAAGUUUUAUUGACUCCCUCCUUUAUUUUACACUUUGAGGCACACCAAAGGUUGUAGGGCUAUAGCUCAGUGGGAGAGUAUCUACUUUGUAUACAGCAGGUCCCAAGUUCAAUCUGACAUCUCCAGGUAGAGCUAGGAGAGAAACCGUGAAAAGCGGCUGCCAGUCUGUAAGCAAUACUGAGCAAGAUGACCAGUGCUCCAAGUAUAAGGCAACUUUCUGUGUUCCUAAGAUAGACUUAUAGAUCAAGAUCUUAUGGCUAAUUUUGUCAUAUUAUCUCUAGGCUUCUAGAAAAACUUUACUUUUGUGAGUUACUGAAAGUUUAACAUAGCAUUGUGUGGAUCAUGUAUAAUUUGGUAGCUUACACAAGUGAAGAUUGGAAAAAAGACCAGUCUGCUCUUCUUAAAAACACAAAAAAUGCAUUCUGUAGCUGUCCAUUAUAUUUGGAAAUAUUUUUUACCUACUCAGCUUUCACAGCAAAUAUUUGGCUGCAAUCCAUCACACACUUACCUGGGAGUACAUCCAGUUCAACUCAGGGGGGCUUAUUCCUCAGCAAACAUGCAUGCAAUUUCAUUGGUAGUUUGCCAUGCAUGUAUGUCUAUGGACAGUUUUUAUUUUUAAAGCUUGUGUUAUUUUUUUGACAGGGCUGUUUACAAUAUAAAGCACAAAAAUAUAUAGCAUAAUAAUGAUAAACAUAUAAUACACAUAAUCCCCCCCCCCGAAAUUUAAAAGACCACAGAUCAUUUAAUUAGUCAAAGGCCUGGGAGAAGAGGAAUGUUUUUGCUUGGAGCCUAAAGAUAUGUAACAAAAAAAGUGCCACGGAAGCCUCCCUAGUGAGAGCAUUUGAUAAGUGGGGAGCCACCUCAUAAAGGACUCAUUCUUGUGUUGCCACCUCCAGACCUCUUGUGUAGGAGGCAGAUGAAGAAGGGCCUCAGGUGAUUACUGCAGGGUCUGGGUCAGAUCAUACGGGGAGAGGCAGUCUUUGAGGUAUUGUGGCCUUGAGCUGUUUACGACUUUAUAGGUCAAAACUAGCGCUUUGAAUUGGGCCCAUAAAUUAAUUGACAGCCACUGUAGUCGGGUCAAGGCUGGUGUUAUAUGCUCAAACCAUCUUGUUCUCUUGAACAACCUGACAGCUAAAUUCCGCACCAAAACUGGGCCUAAACCGCGAUUGAAAUGGAUCUAGAAAAUUUGUUUCCUCCAAGAGUGCCUAGAUCUGGUCUGCGACCACUCGUUCAAUAACCUUGCCCAAGAAGGGGAGGUUGGUAACAGCAGUAAUUAACUACAUUACUUGAGUGGUUUUACCACUGCUUCCUUCAAGCUGUCAGGGACCACUCCCUCACACAAGGAGGCAUUAAUCACCUCCCUGGUCACCCUGACUCAUCCAAGCACCUUGUCCACAACUCAUUGAACAUAACAGGAUUAGACAGUGCUCUGGACAUCACUUACUUAUGUUCUGAAAUUCCCAAAUCACCACACUCUUUUGUUUGGACUUCCACUGCUAGCAAGAAGCUACGCAUUGUAGUCUUAUGGCACCUUACAUGCAGCACAACUUAUGCAAGUGAUGAACCAGUCAUUUAAUUAAAUUAUGAACAAACAAUGUAUGCAGAAAAUGUGGUUCAUUACAUAUAAAAAACAUAUAUUAACAAAUAUUAAAAUGUAUGCAAGGUAUGGCAACAAAUUUCAGAAAGAGAAAACAUAAUAUUUAUUGAGAAUUAAUUCCUAAUGGACUGAUUCAUUUUUGUCUUGCAGCUUUGCUGAAAGAGAAGGAUCCACACCCUAAAAUUUCAGGGCAAAAUUAUUUCACUUCAUAUUGGAAUUAAAAGUUUUUGUGAGAGUAUUUAUAUUAAAAUGUGCAUUUGCAUACAUUUAUUUUCACACAGUCUGAAUGGUUGUAAACAAGUAUGUUUUUUAAUGCAUUGUUUCUAACUGGUAUUUCUAUGGUUUUUAAACUUUUAAUGACUCACAAAGGGGAAAUAGAGAUUUGUAAAUAGAGCAUUUGGUGAUGAAUUUGGUAACUUACUGUAAAUAUAAGCGUUCAUGAUUAGUGAUAGACUCAUCAAUAUAUUUUUGAUAUUUCAUGUAUGGCUUUCAGAAAAGGCUUUACUUUGAUGGAUAUAAAAUGGAAAGUGUCCAGACAAUGAUGAUCAUUUUUAGAUUUAAUAUUUUCAGAUUCGGGGCAGGAUUUUUGACCCCUUUAUGAACCAAACUGUCUUUUCAAAAUGGUCAGCUCUUAUAUGUCUGUGUAUAAAAUAUGAUAGAGAUGUUACUCUAUGAAAAUACAGCUGUAUAUAAGUCUCAUAUGCCAAUAUUUUGUUAAACUAUGAAGUUGUCAUGUCUGAUGUUCUGUCCUUGUAUUUCCCACUGCCUUGUUCAAUCACAGUGAGGAUGCCCUUGUUAAUAAAAAUGUAUAUACA